CUCACGUCCACGUAUUUUAAUCCGACGGAAAGUCGGAGAGCGACAAAGCCAGAUCCCAGAAACCUCUCAUCUUGAGCCGGCGGGGGUUUGAAAUGAAUUAUUCAUCCAAUUGGAUUGGAUUUUCUUACCCUCGUUAUCCCCUGCCUGUUCUCUCCCUGUACUCUCCGAUUCACUAGUUUUCCUAAUUCUAGGAUUCAGUAGGGUUUCCGCAGAAGAAGAAAAGAGAAGACCCAUGUCGAUCCCUAAUGCCUUACAAAUUUUGUUCCUCUUGGUGCCACUCUCACUGGCUUCUUCUUUUUGGAACCAGCCCUAUGCGGCUGAUAUGAGAAUUGAGAAGUUCAGUUACUUAUUUCGGGAGUCCAAGCAUCACGUCUCUCAAUGAUUCCAGUGGCUUUUGCAGAGUACCAUCUUCAAUAAGAACUUGGAAUCAGGAACAGCCAAGGUCGAAGCGGCGUUAGGGGUCCUUGAGCGACGCAUAGAUUGUUGGGCUAAUGGUCGACUUGAUAUUGAUGUGCGGUGGCUGUGUUUAGCUUGUGUGGUGUCUGUUGGAACCUGCUCUAUCAGUUUAAUGGUUACAUUCUUUCUGUGCCGCUUCAGUUUGGAUGGUUAUGCCUUCAACCUUCCCAUGGUGGAUUAUGAUGUUCUAUGGACUGAAAGAAAAGACAAAUCCUCCAUGUCCAUUUCUGCUGAAAAUGAUUGAGCCUGUCCCUUCGGGUAACAAUGAGGUCUGUCAUGUCAUUCUGUAAAAUGGUUAGUGGACGGAGUGGGUCUUCUAGAAAGAAAAUGGAGAAUCUCAGCAUUUAGAAUGUAAACUCAUUUCCAACGCUCACAGAGAAAGAUGCUUCAUGUAAUGACAGAAUGUGGUACUGAUCCUUCUCUACAAAGUUCUCUGCCCUUCAAUCCCUUCCCUUCUUGGUGGAGUUGGAAUCUUCGAUCUUAUGUAAAGGUGGAUGCUUUUCUGAUAGGACUCAUGAUCAAGAGUCUUUGGCAUUUUCCUUUUCAGGCUGCUUUAAAUACUCCUCAGCUCCAUUCCCAUUUCAGGCCAUCCGUCUACGAAGGACUGAAGGCUACUCCUGCGAACACAUCAAGAAAUGUUUUUGUUGCAGAGCGCCGAUAACAGCGAGAAGAAACCAGUACGGGUCGGGCCAUUUGGUGGCCAGGGCGGUUUCGGGUGGGACGAUGGGGUGUAUUCGGGAGUCAGGCAACUGGUUGUAGCUCAUGGAUCAGGCAUUGACUCCCUCCAAAUUGAAUAUGACAAGAAAGGCGCUUCGAUUUGGUCAGAGAGACACGGCGGCAGUGGUGGCAACAAAACUGACAAGGUCAAGUUGGACUACCCCAAUGAGUUUCUUACUUCUGUCCAUGGACAUUACGGCAGCUUGUACGAAUGGGGCCCGGUCAUGGUUCGAUCAUUGACUCUUGAAACCAACAAAAGAAGAUUUGGACCAUUUGGAAAUGAACAAGGCACGUAUUUUUCUAUCCCAACGGCUGGAGGAAAGAUUGUUGGGCUCCAUGGAAGGAGCGAUUGGUAUGUGGAUGCAAUUGGGAUACACCUUAAGCCUGCAAAGCAAGAACUGAAGGCUCCUUCCAAACCUCUGGUUCAGGCCAACAAUUAUGUGAAUGGCGGGACGGACAAAGCUGGCUACUCAGUUAUCCAAGGAAGUGCUGAUGGCAGUAACUAUGAUAUUGUAGUUGCCGUGAGAAACAAGAAUGAUCAUUCUAAAGUCUCGCCUCCCCAGAAGAGUCCCCUGCCCCUGGAGGCCAACAAUGCUUCAGGAAGCUUAGACAAGGUGGUUAAACCUGAAGGGAAACCCUCCAAAACUGAAGUGCCAGCCUCAAAAACUGAUGGGGUCUUAAGGUAUGGACCAUGGGGAGGACAUAAUGGUACUGCGUUUGAUGAUGGGACAUACACUGGGAUCAGACAAAUUUAUGUUUCGCGAAACGUUGGAAUUGUGUACUUAAGAGCUCAAUACGACCGUGACGGAGAGCCGGUUUGGGGAAGCAGACAUGGUGGCACAGGAGGGUUCAAAACGGACAAGAUAAUGUUUGACUACCCACAAGAGAUUCUGACACACAUCACUGGAACUUACGGCCCCUUGAUGUACAUGGGUCCUAAUAUUAUAAAGUCAUUAACUUUCUACACCAACAAAGGGAAACAUGGACCAUUUGGGGAGGAACAAGGUCCAUCUUUCUCUAGCAAAAUUGACGAAGGCAGAAUCGUUGGGUUCCAUGGAAGGGAAGGGUUUUUCUUGGAUGGUAUUGGAGUUCAUGUGCUGGAAGGGAUUGUGAAGCCGCCGAAGAGCGCUUUCUCUGAUGCAAUUGUCAAAGCUGGUGGUGAUCAUCACGUUGCAGAGAUUGACAACUAUCCUUGGUCUAAUAAACUAGUCCUUGCCAAACGUGGACAUCCAGCAGAAGAGGUAUCUUAUGGAGUGUUGAAGGAGUCUGUUCCUCAAGGACCAGGUCCAUGGGGAGGAGAUGGAGGAAGGCCAUGGGACGAUGGAGUUUUCUCCGGGGUGAAACAGAUAUUUGUCACAAGGGCUGCAGAUGCCAUUUGUUCCAUACAGAUCGAAUAUGAUCGAAGUGGGCAGUCUGUUUGGUCUGUCAAACACGGUGGCACUGUGGGAAAUGCCACUCACAGGUUGAAACUGGAGCACCCACAUGAAUUCCUGGUGUCGAUCUCAGGGUAUCACGGUUCAACGAACAGAGAGGACAAGCACAAGUUCGUGAAGUCGCUGUCGUUUCAGACCAGCAGGGGGAAGUACGGGCCGUUUGGGGAGGAGGUUGGGACGUUCUUCACUUCUCCGAUGGCCGAUGGCAAGGUGGUUGGCUUCCAUGGGAGGAGCGGGGCUUACUUGGACGCCAUUGGUGUUCAUAUGCAGUACUGGCUGGGAAGUAACAACAGACCAUCGAGGCCUUCCAUCUUCAAGAGGUCCGGUUGGGCCGACUGAUUGAUCAUUCGAUUUGGCUCGAUACGAUGUUUGUUUGAACCAAUUGGUUUAUGACGUGGAUGUGGUGAAUGAGUUAGAUUGAGUGUGAGUGGAUCUGGUAUGUAUGUUCUUGAAUAAUUAUGCAGGCAGAAGAAUAAAGUGGGGAAAAUGUGAUGUGUAGUUUAAUGAUGCGAUAGUUCCCUCCAUGAAUUAAUUGCUACAUUGUCACCCAUUUGAAUAUGUUUGUGGUUGCUCAUUGAGACAAUGACUUUGACUUUGUGAACCGUUUUGAUCCAACUGAAUGAAAUGACAAUGGAGUGUUGUGAUUGAUUUCUGUUUUCUUAAUUUUGUUGUGCGAGGUACGACCAAACACAGCUAGGGCUGUCAAUUUGGAUAACCAAAACCAAACCAAACCAUUAGCAUGAAAACCAAAAACCAAAUGAGGCAUAUUCACAAAAACCAAAACCAAUAAAAGGCUUAUCGGUUUUUGGAUAACCAUAAACCGAUAAGUUCCUUAAUGGUUUCGAUAAACCAAAAUCAUAGUUGGCUUUAAGGAAAUCAGGGGUCCUUCAAGAAAACAGGAGUUCUUAUCGGUUUUUUGGUUUUAAUCGAAAUCAAAACCAUUAAUAUGCUAAAUGAUUUAAAACCGAAAAACCAAAACAAUUAACCUUUUAAUAGUUUUGUUUAAGUUAAAACCGAAAAACCAAAUUAACAGCACUAAACACAACUUUCCAUAUCUGAAUCAAACCCAAUUGUCCAAUGGGCUUCUCACAUAGCUUCCAACGAAGGACUGCAGCUGCUCAAGGUGAUAGACUAGUAGCACACUAAUUGGGCUUGCAACCCACUAUCAUAAAAAAAUGUGACUUAGUUGGCAAGAAUCUUGGAGGGUUUACUGGUGUCGAACAAAGACCAACAUUGUCAUAGACAUGGUCUGAUUUGGUUUGACUUUCAAAGUUCAAACCCAAAUCCAUGCAAGACCAGCCAAAGCAUUUUGACCACUAGAUAUUCAGCUUCGUUGGUUGACAAGGCAAUGGAAGAUUGCUUUUCGUGAGGAUUAAUAAACUAGUGAAGUGACGAGACAUUGAUAGUUUCUACAACGAUGCUCGUGAACAAACUCAUUGCUCCUAACGAUGCUCGGGAACAAACUCAUCACGGGAUAUGCUAGAAAUAUACAAGCCUUGUACCUAGAAGUCCGGUCCUCUUCUCACUAGCAAGAACAACAAGCACCACCAACAUUUGAUUUUGGGGUCAUAUGCUAGAAAUGCAAUCUCCUCCAUCAACAUACGGAUUCUAAGGAAAAGCCAAGUUGCUAUAUAUACUUCAAAAUUAUGAUGAUCGAAAUCUCAUUUGAUUAGCGCCUAUUUGAUUUUGGGAUCACAUUUUUGGAAAAAUUAUAGGGUACAAAUCUUUUUUACAAAACUCUACAAACCCCGAUCUGUUGAUGUGACUUGAAUCGGACUAUCAACCGCUACGACUAGUAGUCGGGGGUCUCGCUGUUAUUUGGGUUCGGGUUCUGGGUCUGGUCUAUUACCGUUUCCUUUGCCAGAUUGGAUUAGGUUUAGACCCACAUGGAGAAGUACUAUAAAUACUUCUCAUACUCCUCUGUAAUCUGUAAUCUCCUCGAUAUAGUGAAACUGGCUCUCUCUCGCCCGUGGACUAGCUAACACACAUCGUGUUAGUGAACCACGUAAAUCGUGUGCCUGUAAUUUUCAAUUCUCGCUUUCGUAUUCUUGCUUUCUCGAUUCCGGCGAUUUCCCGAUCCGUAACAGCGCGUUUAUAACACGAUCAUAUCACCAUCGUAUCAGGAUGGUAUGAUUGGGUGUUUGUAGGUUUUGUACCGUAAUCCAAAUCAUAUUUUUACCCUUUUAAUUAGGUGGUACUGGUUCAAACUUCUAACUCGAUCUAUUUGAGGAUAGAGAGAAGCCAUGAACAUUGAUAAAUAAUAAUAUAAGCUAUUUCAU